AUGUCGAAGCCACCUUCCAGAGUCGUCUUCGUGGGCAAUAUCCCAUAUGGUCUCUCCGAAGAGCAAAUUAGCGACAUCUUCAGCAGCGCAGGCAAAGUCCUCAACUUCCGCCUCGUCUACGAUCGCGAGACUGGGCGGCCGAAGGGCUUCGGCUUCGCGGAGUAUCCCGACAAUGAUUCUGCAGCAUCCGCGGUCCGCAACCUCAACGAUUACGAGAUUAUGGGCAGGAAACUGAGAGUCGACUUCUCUAACGAAGGAGGCAGCGACGGCAACGACGACAACCACGGACAUAUGAAAGCCCUCGCCUCUUCCGACCCCGCCCGGGCGACGGAGCUCCUCCAGCAGGCGCCGCAGCUGGCAUAUGCCGUCUUCCAGGCUCUCCUGCUGAUGGGUCUCGUGUCGCCGGAGGCGAUCCACUCCGUUAUCGAAGCCGGCGGCGCGCCCUCUGCAGCCCCGGCCCAGGCAGCCCCGAUCGGCUAUCCGCCCCAGCCCUCUGCGACGGGCUUUCCUCCGGUGCCUGUGCCGGGUGCCACUAACACACCGCCAGUUGCCGGUACACCAUAUGCGCCGCCCCCCCAGCAGGCCCCCUACGGCGCGCCACCCCCACCGGCGGCCGCAGCCCUGGGCCAGGACCCCGACGCGCUCAUGCGGCAGGUUAUGGAGUUGCCAAUGGAGACGAUCAACAUGCUCCCCGAGGCCGAAAGGCAGCAGAUCCUGGCUCUCCGGGCAAGCUUUGGUGGCCAGAGACGAUGA